AUGCAUUUUUCCAAGACCAUUUUUCCGUGCCUUCUUCUCUCUGCGCUCACAAAGGCUGCAAAUCUGCAACCCCAAUGGGUGCACUUUGACAGCAAUGGCAUCUCUUUAGCGGCUCAUCUUUACGUCCCACCGACCAACUCGACAUUGAAUACAUCCCGUCCCGCCAUUGUGGUUGGACAUCCGCACGGCGGCGUAAAAGAGCAGACCUCUGGCCUGUAUGCCCGACAGAUUGCUGAGCGGACCGGCUUCGUCACCCUCGCUUUCGACGCCGCUUACCAAGGUGAAAGUGGUGGCUUGCCGCGAUACCUCGAGAACCCCUACCAGCGCGCCGAUGAUGUCCGAAACGCCGUGACCUACCUCUCGACUUUGGAAAUAGUGGACCCCAACCGAAUCGGAGCGUUGGGAGUUUGCGCAUCGGGAGGCUAUGUGCCAUUUGCUGCUCAGACCGACAAGCGUAUCAAGGCGGUAGCCACUGUCAGUGGUAUCGAUCUAGGAACUCUAUACUCCGAAGGAUUCGGGAACUAUGGUGGCCCAAUGCAAGAUGGGCUUCGAGACCAGCUGCUGGAGGCGGGACGCCAGCGCAUUCGGGAAGAGGAGACCGGGAAGACGAAUCUGACCCGGAUCUUCCCACAGACUGCAGCGGAUGUUAGACCGGACAUGCCUGUGUUCUAUCAACAAUCGUACGAUUAUUACCAGACCCCAAGAGGGCAUGUUGAAACAGCACCAAACUGGCACCUUUGGCGCAGUCUUGACUUGAUCGCUACAUACCGUUCUUACGCAUACAUGGAACUUAUAUCUCCCCGCCCGUUGUUGAUGAUUGCAGGCUCAAUUGCCGAUACCCUCUACUUCUCCCAAGUUGCGAUCGAGCAGGCCAAGGAACCAAAGGAACUGUAUAUUAUUCCCGGACUUUCGCACAUUGAUCUAUAUGAUCACACAAACCGGAGCGCACCGAAGCUGGCGGACUUUUUCCGCACACAUCUGUGA